GAAGUCCCGACUUAUUUUCCCAACCCACUCUUUGCUCGGGGAAACAAAUUGAGCUGGCCGUGAAGCGAAUAUCAUAAUAGGGGUUAUGCAGCUUUGACCAAAUUGUGAACAGCACGUGUACCCGUCAGUUCCAAUGAUCUAUAUUUGGCGUGGGGGUUGAUGGGGGGUUUGGAUAUAAGAAGCCCAAAGUCGACUACAGUGAAAAGACAAGCACAAAACCUCAGCGAGUCCAAUAUUGAACAUAUCUAUCGAUUCUAAAAAUCCCAUUUAAAGCUUUUAAGAUGAACCCAGUCAAUACCAAGCCUUACGAGCUUCCACCUGAUGCAACUUGGUUGAUUACCGGCUGCUCAUCUGGAAUCGGUCGCGCCAUCUCGGAAUUGAUUGCCGGCAUACCUAAUCAGCGCUUGAUUGCCACGGCUCGCAAUCCCUCCGAUCUUUCUUACCUUCCAGACUCCAAUCCUGAUAUUCUCAAACUCGCUCUGGAUGUAACAUCUGCUAUGUCAGUGAACGAAGCUUUCGCCGCAGCUUCUAAGCAUUUUGGCGACUCUUUCCAUCUUGACAUUGUGAUCAACAAUGCUGGUUAUUCCCUUUCUGGAGAUACCGAGUCGGCAACUGAAGAAGAAGCGCAUUCAGAGAUCGAAACGUUAUUUUUUGGUACAGCAAGAGUCACAAUGAAAGCUGUUGAAGUUAUGCGCCAGCAUAAAGAACAUCGUGGGGGGGUUAUUUACCAAAUUUCUUCCCUAGCUGGAUUAUGUUCGUUUCCUGGUAAUGCUUAUUACCAUGCUGGUAAAUAUGCAGUGGAAGGUUGGACUGAAUCUGUCGCACGAGAAAUGCAUCCGGAUUGGAAUAUCAAUUUUUGUAUAAUCGAGCCCUCUGGUGUGAAAACCAACUUUGAAGGCCACAGCAAAAGCCACACUGCACCUCAUCCUGCCUAUUCUGCUCCCGAUAUGCCCGCCCGUGUACUUGAGAAAUGGGUAAACAUGGGCAUCAAGAGCGGUAUUGGAAUGCUCGGCCCUAAUGAUAUAGCAGAAACUAUCUUUAAGAUAGCUAGUCGCGGAGAGAAAGUACCACUUCGACUUCCUUUGGGUCCAACGGCGUGGAAGUUGAUUAGACAGAAAUAUGAGGGGUUUUUGGGAGAGUUGGAUGCGGUUAAGGAUAUCAGUUCUAUGGGAAAAGAUCUUUGACUUCAGGCGGGGACAUUUUUGGACCCGUGGGAAGUAUCUCUCAUGGUAAUGCCGUAUAAUGGGAUAGGUAGGGUAGAAGAGGUUGUAAUUGAAAGAGAUUCGACCUCUUUUCAAUGCCGAGGCUUUUCCGUAAAAACAUUGAUCCGAUCCGAUCUUUUUUUGACAAUCCAUCAACUUCACA